UUGAUAUCGGAAAGGUUAACGCAUAUAUAGAUGGAUAUAAGAUGAUUUCGGGAUGGCCAUUUCAUCGUUGAUAUUUCAAACAUUGGUCUUUGGAAAUUCUGUCGGUGCAUCGACUCCUGCAUGUGAUAAGUGCCUUUCCAUUUUAUCGUAUCGGAGCCGUCAACUCGAGUUGACUCCGACCUCGGCACGUAGCACAGCUAAAAGUCAUGCAAAUGGAAAGGUGACCGAUACAGAACGCGCGAUUAGUCUCGCGAGGUGCUAAAGACUAACGAAGUCAGCGGCGGGUGAGCCACUGCCAUUGUCAUCGGGGCAAGUGUCGUCGAUGUCCCUCAGCCCGAGCGUCAAAACACACGCAGCGGACAAGACCCGUCGAUUUUACCAAAAGGAAAGAGAAGGAGGCAACGGAGGAGACGGAGGAAGAGGAGGGAUCUCCCAGCCGUUGGAAGGGACGCGGUGAAUCCUGGCGGCCUCGACGUGCCAGCUCCGCCUCGAGCUCGCUCGCGCGCCUCGGCCAAGUGAAAGUCCGAUUUUGCUUUCUACCCGCUCUACCCGCGCUCGCUCGCUCGCUCGCUCGCCUGGCCUGGCCUGGCCUGGCCACCAGUGACAAGCACGCCGCGCUCGCGUACGAACGCGCGCCGUUCCUCGGCGAUGGUCCUACCCGCGUGCGGCUAACGGCACUGACAGUUCUCACGUCCGCUGGGACGCGCGACACCCGCGCCGAAUGGGGACCAGCAACCGGUCGGUCGCUCUCCUCGCGCGAUGAGCCGCGAGUAACCAGCCUGGGUGACGAGCACUCAUCGAGGACGGAGUCCGAUCGCGAGUGUCGAUCAAAGAGAUUGAGGGAGAGAGACAGGAUGGCCUCGUGCGGCCAGAUCCUUCUCCUGCGUCUGCUGCUGAUCUGCGCGCUCGUCGCCGUCGGUUGCGGCCAAGAGGAAACAGUUCGAUCCUGGGAUAAGCAGUUGAUACCAACGAAUUCGGUGUAUGAGAAGCGAGACCGAAAUGCAUCGCCGUCCAGCAACGAGGCCGAUGCAUCGCUGGCGCACUCGUUGACGGAGAACAAUGUGAUGGACACAUCGAAAUCGAAGGGGGGAGACAAUCACGAGGAGAAGGUGGAGGAGGAAGAGGAGGAGAGAGAACCUAAGCUGACGUACGACGACGCCGAGGAAUACGAAGAUGAAGAUAAGCACGAAGAGGAAGAGUUCGAGGAGGUGGUGGAAGAGGAGGAGAAGAAAGAUCGCUCUGAUACCGAGAAUGGCGCAACGAAGAAGGAGAGAUCUCCGCCGGAAACCAGCAGCAUGUCGAAUAUCGAGGCGGUAGACAUCGCCAGGGACGGGGAUUACCUCGAGGAUCUCCCGACGAAUCAGGACGAAAAUACGUAUUAUUAUUACGACGAAUACGAAAACGGAAAUCGUUCGCGAUACGACGCCGGAGACGGCGAAAACGAUUACUUAGAAAUGGAAUCUGAAGAGGAUGUUACACCAGGGAAUUCGGCAGAAUUAGAGCACGGAGCCUUGGAGAAAAGAGAAGGAGACGUCUCGCACGAGUCGACUUCUAACUCGUCACGAAUCGUCGAGGAGGAAGUCGGCAAUCCGAUAUCGUCUACGGAAUUGGAGCAAGGCUCGUCCAUGGAGAGCAGCGAUAAAACGUUUACUACACUCGACACAUCGGGCGAGAAGGAGGAACCUGAGGACGUCUCCGCCGACGUCAGUUCCAUCCUGAUAGGUGGUGCCGUGGUAUCCGUGGUGACCACGAAGAGCGUGGUGAACGGUACGAUAUCGGUGCCGACGACAGUUGCGCCGGCUACCACGGAACAAGUCGUACCACCGCCUACACCGUCGUCGUCGUCGUCGUCGUCAUCGUCCUCAAUAAUCGAGACGACCGAGGAACACCCGGAAAUGACCACGGAAGACUCCGCGAGGAUCCUGGCCUCCGUGCAGACCAGUCGUAGCGUAUCGGGCGCGCGCUUCCUGCCGUUUCCGGUGAUAGAUCGCGUGGAACAGGUAGAGGCGCACGGCGGCUCUCUCGAGAGCAAAAGGUCGUCGCAGCCACCGGAGUCCACGGAGAGCAUCAUCGAUAAGCUCGACUGGGCGCAGUCCAAGCUGUCCAGCGAUCUCCUGCCGGCGGCCAUCCUUGGCACCGGUGGCUUCCGAAAUGCCGGCAACACGCUGCAAUUAGACGUGCUGGCCGAGCGAGAUCGCACCACGACAACGACGGCGACGACGGCAGCGACGGCAACGACGACGACCCGUAGGAGCUUCACCACGACGGCCAAAACGCCGGUUAUCGGCAAGUUCAUACCACGACGUUACAACGACAAAAGACUGGACCACACCAGCACUAGCACGGCGAAGCCACGAUUCGAGACUACGGUCGACUCCCUAGAAGGUUUACUACCCCGGAAUUAUGUAUCGAGAGGAACUACUCCGAGUACCGUCUCCAAGACAAAUUUCAGGUGGUCUCCUUUGAAACCAACGACGUCCGCGGAAGUAAUACAGACGACAAAGACCACAUCGACGACGCCACCAACGAAACCUAAAACCAGUGUUGUCGCGCAAGAUAUUAGCGCAUUUCUACCGCCAGGGUACAAGUUAAAGAAAGAAGAUACCGUCACGGAGAGUUCUCUUCUCAGUGAAAUUCUCGCCAAAUCCAAGGUCGAUAUUUCAUCUCUUUUACCACCUGGCUACAACAAGAAAAAUAUCGAAGAAGAAGCCAAGUCAAAGAAUGCCACUACGGCAACAACGACGACGACAGUAAAAAGUACAACAACAGUAAAAAGUAUAAACAUCCCUCCAGAAAAGAUUUCCUCAUCCAUCCAAGAUCUUUUCGCGUCCUCCAAAGUUGAUAUCUCCGCUUUGUUACCCAAGGAUUAUAAGCAAACAACGACAACGUCGACAGCGAAAAGUACAGACGUCUCUCCAGAAACGAUUUCCUCAUCUAUCCAAGAUCUUUUCGCGUCCUCCAAAGUUGAUAUCUCCGCCUUAUUACCCAAAGACUACGAGCAAAGAAAGAAGAACUUCGUCCCGAACAGCAAAGCUACGACAACCGAAGCGAACAGCGAGCAGAACGCGACGGUCACGGAACGGACCGAUUCCGAGUCGCCUACGACGAAGAAAGCCGGUGGUUUGAAGAUUGUGUUUCCCAGCCGACCAGGUGGUCGCAAGCCGAUUCAAAAAAUAACUACUCCGCAAACUCCACGUGGAGAGGGUCCAGGCACGGUGACGCCAAAAAUACAAAAGGGAUGGCCAACUCGAGCCACCACGGAAUUCACCGGAUGGCCAACUCCGUCUACUACACCGAUCUCAAUCGAGAAGCUGCUGGAAGCAGCGCGUACAGCUACGGUAUCAUCGGUGAAUAUAUCGCUUAUUCCCAGUACAAACGAGAUCUCGAGCACGUCAUCGACGUCGACGACGACGACGACACCGAGGCCGACGACUCCCGGCAUGUGCGAUGACGAGUGCGAGGUCGCCGGCACGAUACGUAUCAUUGGGAACGCGACGUGGGUGCCGGAACUAUUAGAUCGGAAUACCCGAGAGUGGCAGGAGCUUGCGAAUCACGUGGAACGAGAAAUGAACUUUAUAUUCUCGAAGUCCAGCGUUUUAAUGAAUUGGUACAAGAACAUAAGGAUCGAUUCCUUCAGUCAAGGAAGCAUCCUAGUAGACUACUUCGUCGAGUUAGCCAAUUUACAGCAGAAAGUGAAUACGCAGGAAUUAAAAGUAAUUUUCCACGACUCACUAAGAACAUACGACGCUAAUCGGUGGAAUGAGACAAGCACAAAGGGCCCAUUAAAAAUGGGAAUCUUUACUAUUGAUCCUAAGUACACUGAUUUCGUAGUCAUACCUAAAGUGAACAUGCCACAGUAUAUCGAGAAAGAUGAUAGAUUGAUACCUCAGUGGGCAAUCGCAGUGAUAGUGAUAGGUGUCGGAGGUUUGCUAUUUAUUAUUGUGUUUGGUGUGUCUGUACUCGUCAACAGACAAAACGGAUCGAAGCUAAAGCCAACCAUGUCCACCAUUUAUGAAGAAGAAGUGGCUAAGCACACGUCGAGCCACAGAUCGAGCGACUACUCAAAACCGGUACACACUAUAUGGACCGAUCCUGAUGUCUCUUGGAAUGACAAAUCUUUUGAGUCGACUUCAAACAAGAUUCUGGUCGACAAAUCUUUCCACGACAACAAAAAAUACAAUAUGUAUGACAGUUGGCGAUCCGAGUGGCACGGUUAUUAUUACAAUCCCUCACAUACGAGCAGCAAGUACGGUUACGACAGUACUACGAAUCUGUCGUCACGUCAUCAUCCCGAUUACGACACGAAUUUUUAAUCGGCAAUAUAAACUGCAAUUUUUUCUACCAAUAUUGAAACUUCAUUUAAUUUAUUCGGCGCCUUAGGUAAGCAGCUACGAAAGGAUCUAUCGAAAUAUUUUCUCAUAUUUUUCAACGAUGUGUGUUCACCUCGAUACGUCAUCAACACAUCCACAUAGAACAUUUUAAAUAUAUGGAUUUGUUAUUUUGUAUUCUUUUCUACAUCUAGUAAUCUUGUGUUCAUUAUUUCGUGACAUCGAAUUAUCCAUUUCUUUACUGUUUACCUUAAUAAGGGAUUUAUUUAUUCUAGUCAGAAUAAUAAGUAAUCGUAUUAUAAUCGGUUAUUCUCCAUCGGAGCCGAUAUAAUCAUGUUGCCGCGUGUUGGGAAUCGUAAAUGUGAAAAGUAGAAUUAAGCGAAAAGAAAAUGGCGAUUACAUCGACAGUAAGCGAAAUAUUUUCUUGUUUAUAUAUAAAAUAAGCUGAGUAUGUAGAACCCAAACCAUGAUGUAUAUUAUCACAAUUCUUUUUAAUAAUCAGUCAUAUACGUAUAAUCAUUUGGUUCCACAUAAAAAAUAAACAUAUAUAAAA